AUGACUCCAGCCACAUCCCUUGACAAAGAUGAGGAAGGAACGGUGGAUGAAUCAAAAUAUCGUGGAAUGAUCGGAUUUCUACUUUAUUUAACUGCUAGUCGACCUGACAUAAUGUUUAGUGUGUGUAGAUGUGUCAGGUUCCAAUUAGCUCCUAAAGAGUCUCACUUAACUGCAGUCAAACAAAUUAUCAGAUAUCUCAUUGAGACUACAUCACAUGGAUUAUGGUAUUCACGUCUUAACAACUUUAAGCUUGAAGGUUUUUUAGUUGUAGAUCUUGCAAGAGAUAAAGAUAAAAGGAAAAGCAAAGUGAAACAUGUCAAUUAUAACUCAUCUCCUGCAAUAGUAAGAAAUAGGGAUCAGUCGCAUUAUCUACAACUGAAGCUGAAUACAUUGCUAACAGAUAAUGUUGUGCUCAACUACUCUGGAUAA